UGGGACUCCUGCCUCUGCCUCUGUUUUAAUGGCGCACAUCACCAUAAAUCAGUAUUUGCAGCAAGUACAAGAAGCUAUUGACAGCAGAGAUGGACAGUUCUGUGCAGAAUUGGUAUCGUUUAAACAUCCACAUGUUGCAAACCCAAGGCUACAGCUUCCAUCUCCAGAGGAGAAGUGUCAACAAGUUUUGGAACCACCGUAUGAUGAAAUGUUUGCAGCCCACUUAAGGUGUACUUACGCUGUUGGAAACCAUGACUUUAUAGAAGCAUACAAAUGCCAAACAGUUAUUGUCCAAUCUUUCCUGCGAGCAUUUCAGGCACAUAAAGAGGAAAACUGGGCUUUACCUAUCAUGUAUGCUGUAGCCCUCGAUCUUCGAAUUUUUGCUAAUAAUGCAGAUCAACAGCUAGUGAAGAAAGGGAAAAGCAAAGUUGGUGACAUGUUGGAAAAAGCAGCAGAACUGCUGAUGAGCUGUUUUCGAGUCUGUGCCAGCGACACUCGAGCAGGCAUUGAAGAUUCCAAAAAGUGGGGCAUGUUGUUUCUCGUGAAUCAGCUGUUCAAAAUUUAUUUUAAGAUCAACAAGCUCCAUCUAUGUAAGCCCUUAAUUAGAGCAAUUGACAGCUCAAAUCUGAAGGACGAAUAUAGUAUGGCACAGCGCGUUACAUACAGAUAUUACGUUGGACGCAAAGCCAUGUUUGACAGUGAUUUUAAACAAGCUGAAGAGUAUCUGUCAUUUGCUUUUGAGCACUGCCACCGCUCAAGCCAGAAGAACAAAAGAAUGAUUUUGAUCUACCUGCUACCAGUAAAAAUGUUGUUGGGCCAUAUGCCAACAGUUCAGCUCUUAAAAAAGUAUGACCUUAUGCAGUUUGCUGAAGUAACAAAGGCUGUGAGUGAAGGCAAUCUUCUCCUGCUAAAUGACGCUCUGACAAAGCAUGAAACCUUCUUUAUUCGAUGUGGAAUCUUUCUUAUCCUUGAGAAGCUGAAAAUCAUCACGUACAGAAACCUCUUUAAGAAAGUGUAUUUACUACUCAAAACCCAUCAGCUGUCUCUAGAUGCCUUUCUGUUUGCCCUGAAAUUCAUGCAAGUAGAUGAUGUUGAUAUUGAUGAAGUCCAGUGCAUUUUAGCUAACCUUAUAUAUAUGGGUCACAUUAAAGGAUAUAUAUCUCAUCAGCAUCAAAAGCUUGUGGUCAGUAAGCAGAACCCAUUUCCUCCGCUGUCAACAGUAUGUUGAGUAUUGCAUCUUAUCUGUGCAAGUACUUUUCAGAUACUCAGCUUGCCCAGUGGAGCUGCUCCUAAUUGCCCCAAGAACAUUGUAAAUGACCUGGUUCAUGUCCAGGACUGGAAUACCAGGAACUUUGUGGCUCCUUUCCCAGCAUGACCAAGGCUGCCAGUGUUAACAAAGUGCAUUGGAAUGAAAUGCUAACUUUUCAAUGAUAGUUUCCGCAGGCUUUCUAGAUCAUUCAGAGUAUUUCAUGAAGAAAUAAAGCAUUCCAAAUUCCUUCCAAACUACUUAAAGCUUUUAUAAAGUACUUUGUGUUACUGUUUCUGCUUUUGUCUUUCAGAGAGGAGAAGUAUCAUCCUUUGUUACUUGCAUUAAUCUAUUCUUCAGAGUGGAAAUUGAUGUUUUCUUUCAUGGUUUCCAUUUUUUUUAAGUCUCUUCAAUAACCUAGCUGGUAUUAAAUACUCUCUUCAAGCCUUCUCUUAAAAACUAGAGAAGUCCUUGACACCAAAA